AUGGCUGAUGUUGGAAAAAGUGGUAUACCACGUGAGGAGUACAACAGAGUUGCCAAAAACACUGAUUUUAAAAAUCUCUUGACAACCGUAGACUGUGGGCCUCCUUUAGUCGAAGAUAAGAUACAGACAGACUAUAACUCAAACUCGAAGACCACAUAUGGAGCAACGAUAGAGUUUGUGUGUGAAGAGGGUUGCAGGAAGAGGGGGUUACACUGGGGGGAAUAUAUCUGUAUGGAGGAUGGCAACUGGACAUUGAAAGGGACAGAUUAUAAAGGAGCACUGUCAUGCAAUUCCGCUGAUAUAUACGUGGGUUGUUAUCCGCAGAAGAACUUCACAGUUAUUUCACAGUUUACCCUGGUUUCAAAUUGUCGAUUGAAAUGUACAACGGAAAAUGCUAGAUUUGCUGGGCUUUCUUUGAACAUUUGCUACUGUGGUGACCUUGUAACCGGUUCAGCAUCACCAAACUCAAGCGACUGUAAUGUGAUAUGUCCAGUCAGAAACAAAGCAAGUCCUUAUUAUUGUGGGGGUUCCAAUGGCCAACUCUCUGUCUACACAUCUAGAGACUGGGUGAGUUCAUUUAUCAGUGUGGGAACUUUACAGUUCUCGCUUUCAACCACUGUGUAUGGGGACGAAGCAUUUGCCUGCAAGCAAAUCUGUUCGGGUGCAAAUGCAUAUUAUGCCUUUGUACAAUAUGGAGAGUGCAAGUGUACUAAUACAACAGAUAACGGGGCGUUUGUCCCGGAUAACUCCACCGAAUCCGACAAUUCGAUAACCGUGCACAAUCUAGCUUUGUAUCUGUGGCGGGAGAAAACUUGUGAGAAUUUGUACGAAAAACAAGUACGAAACCACGGCUGGUACUACUUGAAGGAGAUGGUUGUUCCUGUAUAUUGCAGCUUUGUAGAUGGAACUUCUUGUGAAGAAGGGUGGGUCGGGUACGCAGGAAGCUGUUACUGGUUUGAAAUGCAACUCAUGAACUUCAGUGAUUCUUUGUCCCACUGUUUGUCAAAGAAUUCUUCACUUGCUCCCCUAAGAAACAAGGGAAUAAUGGCCUUCGUGGAUAGUUUUAUACGAAAUUUUCACUCGGACCUAUACAAUCUGAAAUGGCGCUUUGGUGCUACAGAUGCUCAUUCCAUGUCGUCUUAUGUAUGGUUAGAUGGAAGCUUGAAUAAUGAGUUUUUCUUUAGGCUUGGCAAUCCAGCCUUUGAUGAUUAUGACUGUUUAUAUUUUCACAAGGGAUCUUGGGUUGAUGGACUUUGUGACAAUGAGACUCCAUUUAUUUGUAGUAAAGAACAAGGGAUGUUCAAAUGCGUUGAUUUCGAUGCCAGCAACACUCCAGAUAUUGAAGUGUCCACAUAUACAAAUGGACAAAUGAACAGACAGUUGUGUAUUCAGGUUUGUGGUGGUCAACUCUCCGUAAACGCCUUACUGACGGGGAUUGAAUGUCUCUGUGCCAACACUAGUGUUGAGUCACAUGUAACCCAUCUACCCGAGUCAGAAUACUGUCCCUUUUCCUGGAUAAAGAGGCCUGGGUAUUCCUCGUGCUACAAAUUUGCUCUCUCGGUGAAAUACGUUAAGGUUGCUUUAGAGUACUGUGCUAGUCAUGCAGCCUCGUUGGUUUCUGUUGAUGAUCUAGAAGAACUUGUAUUUCUGCAAGACUUAUUGUCGAUUGUACGGUCUGAUUCAUCGACACAAAGAUGGAUAAUAGGUUUUAAGGCUACAGGUCAAUAUUCAUCUUAUUUCCGGUCGUCCAUGGGGAGACAACUGGGAAACCUUACCUUUUACAAUACAACUCGAGACGAAUACGCAUAUAUUGACGCAUUAGGACAAAUAGAACGUUUCGGUAACUUGAAAAGAAAUUUCAUUUGUGAGAAGUCUCCAGAGUACGUGGGCUGUUUUUUGAGCGACGAUAGUUCUCCUGUAGCCCUGUCUUCGGAUAGCAUGACGAUUGAGCUAUGUGUAGAAAUUUGUCGUGCCAAAAAUAUGACUUACGCUCUGCUAUCCCCGUCAGUGUGUCGAUGUAAUGACACACUUCUGGUGAAUACUAUGAAAUCCUGUACAGCUAGAUGCGCCAACUCCAAGAUUCAAAUUUGUGGUGAUUUGCAAUCUAGUGUGUCCGUCUAUAAGAUAGAUGAAUAUCCAUUGUACAGCUCUUGUAAAACACUGUUUGAUGCUGGAAUAAGAAUACACGGCCAUUAUGUACUAAAAAGUGGCAUUCAGCAUUGUAAAUUCUAUGAUGGUUCUACUGAUUGUGAAGAGGGAUGGUUUGCAUUAAACGGAACCUGUUAUAGUGUUCUUUUAAACUCGACAACUGGCUAUGGAUACCAACCAAUUCUAGAAUGGCGGUCUGCAUGUGCACAACAAGGAGGUAGGCUGGCUACAAUCAACAACCAACAACAGCAUCAUUUCAUUGCGAAGGUUAUCAUGGGUUCAGAACGUCUAGUUAAGCCCGUGGUGUUGCUGGGAUAUUUUGAAUCGAUUUUGCUUGGAGCACCGGCAUGGACAUCUGGUUCAAUGUCAAAAUACAUGACGGAUACUGAUUUCUCCGGAGAUUCAUAUCGACAAAGAGUGCUGUUCCAGGACCAGGAGUAUUUAAACACUUUCAUCGGUACCUCGUCCGACACAACUCAGGCCUCAGCAGCUGUGUGUGAAACCGAAAAAGAUUUUAUCGGAGUGUUUCAGCAUCCUGCCAACUUAGAACCUUUAAUUCUUGGAUAUGGCAUUAUGACUUUAACUCAGUGCAAACAAGUCUGCUCUGGGGCAGAUCAGAAUUUUGCCAUGGUUGGCAGAAACACGUGCUGGUGUGGUAAUCAGACAGAUGUAGAUUUGCUUACCCCUGAUUCUUUGGGUGCCAGCAAUAGACUUUUGGGGAACAGUAAUACCUUUUGCUUGGGAAACAAUAUCCAGCACUGCCCAGAUGCGGAUAAAGUUGAUGUUUAUAAUCUAGAAUAUGAUAUUGAAUACCCUGCCUUUUCUUGUGAUCAUCUGUAUUCACACGGAGUAUUUUAUAACGCUACAUACACAAUUCAGAAUGAAAAUGGGACUUUUAAACAGACUUGUGGAUUUACUGACAUAACAGACUGUGGUUCUGCUCCUAUGUUUUGGGGUUAUAGAGAACAUUGUUACAGAUUUGGAACAAUGUUAACAACCGGAGAGACAUUUGCCACUCAAUGCAUUGAAAAUGACAGCCUUCCAUUUCUUCCUGCAUUGAAUGAUGAACUCGUCUCUAUUCUAAAACGAAUAAUUCCAAUUUUUCAGUCAGACAUUCAUCUUUUUAUUGGAACGUCCAAUAGAUUGCACAACGAUCAUUACACAUCAAGUGAAGGGUUUUUUGUGAGAUCACAACCUGAUGUAACAUUUAAUGGUUCUAUGGGAUAUAUGACACUAAAUCUGGAUUCAUUUGCAUGGGAAGAGGUUUCGGGGAAACACUUUGGCAUAUGUAAAUCCCCAGUUAACGGAAGUGUUCGAUGUAUUGACAUAAACAGUUUAAAUGGAUCAUUACUCUUUGAACACCAAUAUAUAUAUCCGAUGACGUCAUCAAUAUGUACUCAACUUUGCCUCGGUAGAAGUGCUAGUUAUGGUGUUAUUCGUGAAAAAGGAUGUCGAUGUUAUACUAACUUGACCUAUGAGAACAAAUAUGGUGAAUGUAAGGCUUGUUCUGGUCACGAAACUCAAAUGUGUGGCGAUGACUCGAAAGAAAGUGGAGUCCUAGUUGAUUUAGACUUUUACAGAGAGGAAACCGUGCAGUCUUGUGAAGAACUUUAUUCUUAUGGUGUAAAUAUCCCUGGCCAAUAUUUUAUCCAAAGAAACAACACACAAUACUUUGUUACUUGUUUUGACCAAGACCCGUCACUAUCAGUUAUAACGGAUUAUUCCAUUGCUCCAUCUUCUACAGAAUCUGGUAUUUCAGAUGAAGGUUUUCGAAUCAAUGCGUAUGCUAACUACAGCAUAGAUCAUAGCUGGAGACCUGAAGAUUCCGACUCUGAACCAUACAUUAAGUUCACAUUUACAGAAGACUACAUCAUUACUGCUAUUCAGACACAAGGUGAUGUGCUAACAGAGUCCUGGGUGAGGUCAUAUAUAUUAAUGUACAAGAAUUUAGAGAAUGCAGAUAUAGUCGUUGCAAUCAAUGGCUCAACAAAUAUAUCUGGAAAUGUUGACAGAUACAGUCGCGUUAUACAAUUUUACUCCCAGCCAAUCAUAACACGAGAAUUAAGACUGUAUCCGCAAUCUUCUCAGCAGCGGGUUUCUCUCCGUGUAUCUUUAUAUGGACAACCUUUGUCACAGUUUAACCAUUCCACGAGAUAUUUGGGAUGCUUUUUGAAUGUGGAAGGAGACUUUGUUGUUCAGUCUUUAGUAUCUUCAGAUGAAGACUGCAGAGCCACUUGCAAGGCAUCAUAUUAUCAGUUUUAUUCCUUUUAUGAAAAUCAAGACUCUUCAAGACAUUGUUUUUGUGGAAAUUCUCUAUAUGUUUACGGAACAGUACAAGAGACUUGGUGUUUUCCCUUUACAAAAAGUCCAGCUCUGCCAGUUUACAGAACAUACGAUACACAUUGUGAAGGGAAGAUUGAGGAGCAAGCUUCUUUUGCCUCUUCUUAUCAUCCUCACACUGUCGACUUCUUCACUGUCACAUCUCAGCUACAAUUUGAAUGUAAUGCAGGAUAUGUUCUGAACAAUAACGCGACGUUAAAGACAGUAACGUGCCAGGAAUCCGGCGGUGAUUACUACUGGAAGGAUGACGUAGGAAAAUGCAUUGUAAAGAACUGCAGCUCACUGGAAGAACCAGGCACCGGAUAUUACUUGAGCACCAACAACGUAACAUUCGGUACCUUUGUCACCGUGUCUUGUAAUAAUAGUCUACACAUGGCAGACGGUUCUGGUUCCAAGACAGUGACCUGCCUCAGUACAGCACAGUGGAACGAUAGCAUUUCUCCAUGUUUAUAUAAUUAUUGUCCUUUAUUUCCGUCCUCGUUACCCAAUGGAGCUUAUGUUCUGAGCCCAGACGGACUUUCUGCGACGUUCACUUGUAACCAGUUCUACAGACUGUCCACUCUGUCGAAUCAAGAGACCAUUUCCUGUCAACAGAAUCAUAAGUGGGAAGCUUUCAAUUUUACCUGUGAAGUAAACGAUACAGCCGUGGUUUUCAGACAAGCAGAGUUUGAUCUGAUUGGACUAUACGAGAGACCGCGAAAUCCAGAUUCGGUUAUUACUGAUGAAGUGUCCUCCUCCAUCUUUAAAUGUACAGACAGAUGUGUUAAGACUAGACAUUGCACUGCUUACGCCUACAGUAUGGAGGGAAGGAUAUGCACUUUGUUCAAAAGCCGUGUUUCUAUCUCCGAUCUCAUUCCUACUUCAUCAUGGAAAUAUUUUGAACUUAAACUAUUUUUGAUGGAAUAACACGAACUAGACGUAAACUUAAUAUACCACUAUUUACUAUGCUUCUUUAAUAGAUAACCAAUCCAGCUAAUCUAUUAAUCUAAGUAUCUACUGCCAUAAUUAUCCCUUUUCAAACUCGAACUUUUGAGAUUUUUGUUUACCAUGGCAAAUGUACUUUCUUGCAAACCGCGGACGCGAUUGGUAAUGUAACUUCAUUCCAUACCAAGCAAAUUAUCGAAAUCUCUUAGUUAUAAAUAGCAAAUAUCAAAUAAGUAUAACUUGAUAGCCUCAAAAGUACAUAUGACAUUCAUAAAACACUAAUGGUUAUCAUGAACUACAUAUCAAGUUUAAUUCAAUGUACCAGUAUUUGUAUUGCACUCGUACACAUACGACUUUUUUUUUUAAUUUUAAACUUAA